GCAGAUUUUUGUGGGUGGCCCGGGCUUAUCACCAGUUUUCUAUGAAACAUGAGAGGCGGGGUAGAUUCCCCGUGGUCAGUAUGAUCAGCUUGACAAAAUUUCGAACCUCCAGCUGAUACAGAGUUGACUGUCAACAAAGCAACGCUUCGACUAAACAAGGUUUGCCACGUGCUGAACCUGAACCCAGUAGCACUCAGGUAUUGAUUAUGCUAGAUUUUGACGAUUGUCCGCAUCGCUACCUCUGUCUUGUCAGAAUUAAUGCGUGCAGUGUGAUUGUUCUCAUGCUAAUCUGCACGCAAGAAACACAAGACAUGGGUGCGACCCGCCUUAGAAAACACAUUGUUUCUGCAUCUCUGCAUCGAGUUACUCCCUCCGGAGGCUUCAACCGUGCCGCAAUAUUCGCAAGUCACGCAAGUUGUAAGUCUAAGUGCACGAGGCAGAGCGCAUCAUUCGCUGCAGAGAAGGGCUGGUUUCGGGGUCCAGCACUCAGGUCUUGGAGUGUGCAUUGCGGGGUGCAGUGUCUGGGCACGUACUUCUCGUGGAUCUUGGAGGUUCUUACAAGAGACGUCGCUUCGAGCAAACAGCAACGCCAUGCCGUCUCCAGCAUAUUUCCCCAAGAGAGCGCACACGACUCAGCCCGAAUCAAGGCCACCGCCGACAACGUCGUACAGGUGCACAGCGCGACGCUCACCGGUGAUUCCAAGCGAUAGCCAGCUUGGGCAGCUGCGACAUAGCCAGACUUUAUCAAGCGGCGCCACAAUGCUCCCACCUCGUGUUCAACAGUUCAGAAACAAGAUCCGUGGAGCAUCCCUGGACUCCCAUCGAUGUGUUGGUGGCAGAGUCCAGUCGCGCCCCUACAGCAUGCAAC